AUGGACGAAAACAAAUAUAAAUCAUCCUACGAUGACGCACGAAAGCAGACAAAAACUGCAUUGGAUGCAUGGAAGAAACGCAACACUCAAUCGACUUCGUCAUCAUCGUCUCUCUUCGUUGAUGAUCAAGUAAAUAAACGUGCAUUUCUUAACGAGAAAUUAGCAGACAAAUUGAAUGAAGUUCUGGAAUCUUGGCACAACAAUCAUUCAUUAGAUACAACCCAAAAAGAUACAUUUCAACAAUGUAGCGAAUAUCUGCUCGAAUACACAAAAAAUGACAGUGAAGCUACACAAUGGCUGAAUCAACAGGCGAAAUUAACCGAUCUAGCGAGAAAAUGUGCGGAUGAUAUUGCUGCUCAAGGUCAUUUUUUGGAUAUUAAAGGAACAGAAGAUCCUAAUUUAGAAUCGUUUGAUAAGCUUAUUCAAGCGUUUACUCAGAGUGAUUUUGAUCCGUUGCUUGAUGCUACUCGCCAAUGCAUUUCCAAUCGCACUUACAAAGAAACAUUAUAUAAUGUUGGUAAGAACAAUUCAUCUACUCUGAACUUCACACAAAGAUUCUUACUUCUGACUUGUCCGGAUUAUGUUCUCACAUGUGAUAACGAUAAGUCUCAUUCGCGAAAACUUCUUGAAGAUAUGCUGCCUAAUUAUACCGAAUUGUUCACUCAUUUUCUUCCCAAUAUCGACAAAUGGACGGAUACAGUUUGUUUAUGUCUGCUUUAUCCAAUCCAAUUUAUCCUAUCUGAUACAAGUUCCCUAUCAGUAGACGAAAAACAACUCAUUCAAGAAGAAUUAGUCACUAUUCUUGUGAAACAACCAUUAUCUAAGGAUCAGCAUGAAGAAGGACGUGUAGCACUUGUUAAUACUGCACUUAUUGUUUUGCUUGAAAUAGUUCGAUCAGACCACAAACUUUUGGGUGAAUUGAAAAAGAGAACGGCUGAUGACAACAAGUUAAUAGAAAAUCUAAAGCAAAUCUCCACCAACAACUCUGACGAGAAGAUGCAAUUACGUGCCUUCGAAUUACUCUCGCUUCUUGUACCAGAAGAAUCGAUGAAAGCUGAUGAUACAACAAAGGCUACUGAAUUAUUUGUGAAAAAUUUCAACGAAGCAUUGGAAGACAAUGAGGAUCAAAGGGCAGAAGACCUCAUGAAAGGAUUGAAAGGCCUGGUGCAAAAUGAUGAAAUAAAACAGCAAGUUGUAGAACAGAACGCUCUACCAUCGAUUAUUCAAUAUACCAAAGAAACUACGGAUAAUCCUGCAGCGCUAGAAGUUGCCUAUGCACUUGCAUUCAAUCCAGACGCGAAGACAGCAUUUAGUGAGGAUCAAGACUUUGUCGAUCAUGUCGCAAAAAUGAAAGAAUCCGAAAAUAAGGAUGUAGCAAAAGCAGCUCACGGAAUUAUGUGGAAAUUAACCGAUGAAGAGAAGUUUAUGAAAGAAGCCGAGGAAAAGGAAUCAAAAGAAGAAUCAACGGACGAUAGAAAAGAACCUGCAGAUGACAAAAAGGAGUCAGCAGACAAUAAAAAAGAAUCAGAAGACGACAAAAAAGAAUCAGAAGACAGUGUAAAGAAACCUGAACAGUAUGACAUGAUGAUCUCAUACUGUUGGGCACAAAAAGAAUUAUGUCAUCGUAUUAACGAUCGUUUGGAAAAAGAUGGCUACAGUGUUUGGCUAGAUAGAGAUGAAAUGCGCGGUUCAAUUAUUGAAAGUAUGGCAGAAGCAGUUGAAAAUUCGAAAUGUAUAUUGUUCUGUAUAUCGAGCGAUUACAAGAGCAGCACCAAUUGUCAAGCAGAAGCUGAGUAUGCUUACAAUCGAAAACGUAAAAUGAUUCCAUUAGUAGUUGAAAAAGACUACAAGCCCGAUGGUUGGCUAGGCUUUAUGACAGGAUCAAAAAUAUAUAUUGAUUUUGCUGACAAGGAAGAUGACGAAUUUGAUGAAGCCUAUAAACUUUUGAUCGCUGAAAUCAAACGUCAAGAAGCAGAUGAUAGUGCAGAGAACGAAGAGAAAAAGCCAGCUGACGAUUCGUCUACAACAGCGGAAGGUGAACCAGCUUCCGAAGAGAGUCAGCCACCACCUAAACAAACACGAGAAUAUUUGAGUGCUGGUCCAGUAACAAUGUGGACUAACGAGCAUGUCAACGAAUUUCUUAAUGAUAAAGAACUCAAUCCACUUGUACCGGUGUGUAAAUCGAUGAAUGGACGAGUAUUACAUGAAUUUCAUCAAGCAUGCCAAACAACACCUAGUGCAAUGUAUCCUGUGAUCAAUAAAACUUUAGAUGAAUCAUCAGUACCAUUAGAUAUUUUCUUCAAAUUUAUCGAUGAACUAAAAGAGUAUCUGCCUCCACCAAAACCACGGCCAGUGAUCCAUUUUCGAUACUAUUUUCUCUAUCCACCUUCAACAACAAACACAAAAACAACUUAG